AUGGAUGUUGACGCAUUGUUCGAAGCUUUCGCCUUUUCUUCCGAGGUGCCCAAAAUACUAAAAUUAUUUGACCAGAUUUGCGCUGUUCUUGACAUCGACCAAAUAGACACGCCAAAUGUUUACAAACGAUUGAAAGAAAAUAUAAAGUCUUGGCGAGCACAGAAACUAUGGGGGCAUUUGGAUAAGCGUGCGGGACUAAAGGAGUAUUCCGAGCAGGAAGCUUGUAAAAAGCUGACAGUCUUGGUGGUCGGAGCAGGGCCUUGCGGAAUACGUGCUGCAAUCGAAUGUGCCCUUCUUGGAGCUUAUGUUGUUUUAGUUGAGCAACGUGGGGACUUUUUUCGCAAUAAUGUUCUCCAUAUUUGGCCAUUUGUUAUACAAGACCUUAAAGAUAUUGGUAUCAAGGUGUUCUAUCCAAAAUUUUGCAGGGGAAGUAUUGACCAUAUCAGUAUCCGUCACUUACAAUGUGCUUUAUUAAAAGUUGCGUUAGUGCUCGGUGUACAAUUUUAUUGCGAUGUCGCCUUCCAGUCACUGAAGUUUCCGGAGAUAGGUGUGGAUAGAAAAGUUGUUGGGUGGCGAGCCAAUUUUGAACCUGCCAAUCAUAUUUUGUCAACUUAUGUUUUUGAUGUAUUGAUUGGAGCUGAUGGGAAAAGAAGCAUUGUGCCGGGAUUCCCUAAGAUUGAAAUGCGUGGAAAAUUAGCCAUAGGAAUUACUGCCAAUUUUAUUAAUCGAGGUACAGUCGAAGAGGAAAAAGUUCAAGAAAUAAGUGGCGUGGCUUAUAUAUUCAACCAAAAAUUUUUCAACGAUAUGAAAGCGGCAAUGAAUGUUGAUUUGGAAAAUAUAGUAUAUUAUAAAGAUGAAACGCACUACUUCGUUAUGUGUGCUAAGAAACAAAGUCUUCUGGACAGGAGGGUUUUAAUAAAGGAUUAUGACGACAUAUCUUCGCUCUUGUCACCCUCAAAUAUUGACCAGGAAGAAUUAUGCGGUUAUGCAGUAGCUGCUGCAAAUUUUGCUACAAAUAAUAAAUUACCAGAUUUGACUUUUGCAAGAACUUCUAACGGAAAGGAGGACGUUGCUGUAUUUGACUUUACUUCGCUUUAUUCAGCAAAAUGUUCAGUGAGAGUAGUUGAAAGGCUUGAUCGACGGCUAUUAGUCGCUAUUGUUGGAGACAGCUUGCACGAACCAUUCUGGCCAAGUGGGUCGGGCUGCGCUCGUGGUUUUUUGGGAGUGUUUGAUGUAGCGUGGAUGUUAAGAAAUUACGGCCUAGGUCAACAAGGGAUAUUGCGUAUAAUUGUGGAGCGAGAAGAUAUCUACAAGCUGCUUGCUCAAGCCAAACCUGAAAAUCUGCAAAAAAAAUUGCAACAAUAUACGAUCGACCCUCGAAGCAGAUAUUUGAAUUUGGAGGUUUCAGUACAACCUUGUGAUGUUUGUGGUCUUGUCGACACAGAUAACCCUCGUGAUGUUGAUGUAGAUGAAGUAUUACCAUUGCGUGUAGACGAUGGAGAAGAAUUAGUUGAAGAAGCUUUUUUGGAAAGCUCGCGGCUAACACACAUCAAAAGUUGGGAAGAUGGGCGAGCAUUAGCUGCUUUGUUAGCGAAGUUUCGACCAAAGCUUAUAGAUUACAUCGAGUUAUGUCUCGAGACAGACGUGGAUGUUGUUUUCGAGCGCAUUGCUUCUGUUGUUGAAAGCAUGUGUGGUAUUAUAUGUAAUUUCCACUCAGCGGCGGACUGGAUCAACUUGGGCACUGUUGGGCGUAUUGACUUUAUUCAGAAACUGAUCACAAAUUUCAAGGACGACCGGGAGAGGAUGGAUGAAAUACUUCUGAAUUCUAUUCGGGCCUCAACGGCAAUGAAAAUGAGAAGUUCUGGACAUUGUAGCGAAUCUGUGAAAUUGAGGACUGAAAGUAACCGACAAUGUCAUGCAAAUGGCUUUCAUCCGGGUACAAAUUUUCGCUCCAAUUCUGCUGAAGAAGAUGACCUCGUGAUCAAAGAUUUUCUAGACAGUCGUUGUGGCGAGCUUGAUGAAGAACAAAUUCGAGAACUUUUAAUGCAACUCGAUGAAGAAGAUUUCGAGUUAGAUUCCGAAAGCAAAACUAAAAAAGAAAGUGGUACUGGUUUUGCGGAUUUUGAAGAGAUGAAUCGGAAAAUUUAUUUUGAUGAAGUCGAGACCAAACCUUACACUAAAAGGCCAGCUGUUGACAAAUUGGAUCCUAAACGUUUGAAUGCUCGAAUGUACUGGCAGGGUCAAAUUGUGCAAUCUGUGGAAAAAAUCAUAACUGGUGAGGUGGAAGCUGAAAAAUUACGGGAAUUGUAUCGGAGUAAGCAGAAGGAAGCUAAAUUACUUGCUCGUAAGAUGGACAAAAGAGACAUAACGGAAAUGGAGGAGAAGUUGGAGAAAACUGCUAUGGGUUUAUUGUUUGAUAAAGACCAUUACAGAAGCAUCACUACUAAAGAGGAAAAGAUUAUGAGCACAAACGCUGCAGCUGCUCGUCAGGUAGCUCAAGAGGGGUUCAGGAAACUCAGUGAAAAAUACAAGGAUGUUGAUGCGAAGUUAUUAAGAGCUGAUACACUUCUAAAGAAUAACGAUCUUGCGGGUGUUAAUGCAGUCACAAGGAUGCGGCAGCAAAAUCGUGAUUUGUUUGCGAAGAGGCGGCUUUCGGUGCCUUUGGCGACUGAUGGUUUGAAACCGUUACCACCACCAAAGCGAUCAGUGUCUUUUUCGGAACAACACAAUAAUCUAGUAACUAACCAACAGCACACCUGUCAGUUGUGCUUCAAACCUGCAUAUCUUGCGGAGCGAAUUCAGGUUGAAGGUGUAUCUAUACAUAAGAAAUGUUUUCGCUGCGCGUAUUGUUAUCGUCCUCUGAGGAUCGGGGAUUGUGGCCAGGAUAGGAACCUGGAAAAGUAUAAUCCUAGGUUCUUUUGCAUGCAGCACUUGAAUCUCCCCUUGCGUGAGAAGAUUAUUCGGAUAGAGAGUAAAAGAAUUUUGAGUCGGAAAGGAUCAAAAAUAAAAGCAGGUGAGCUUGGAGCGCAUGAUGCAAAUCGAAAGUCUUGCGGUGCUGAACUCUUAUCAAAUGGUCCUGUUGUAGUUCAGAAAACUUUACAGACCGAAAGUGAACCUCUAGACGUCCGGCGCAGUAGCUCUUCCAAUACGCCCUCAGUAAUCCUUGAAAAAACUUUGGAAAAAAUGCGAAUAAUGAGAAACAAUGUUAGCGCGGUAGCAGUUGUUGAGAACAGGAUAACAGAGAAAGCAGCUUUGGAAACCUUUGCGAGUGAAAAAAGAACUAACGAUGAGCAACGACCUGGACGGAGGAUGGUCAACGGUCGAGGAAAGCCGCCCCUCAUCUCUACAAAACCGCUCCCUGAGCCAACUUGUAACGAAAGUUCCUCGUCUGAUGAAAUAUCUGAUGCCGACCUCGCCGAGUUGGAAAGGAGCGUCAUUGAGAAUAUGGACAACAAUGCCAGUGAUGCAUUAAGCGAUGCUCAGGCUCUUGAGCUCAUAAAAUCUUUUGAUAGACGGCGGUCCUCGAAACAGAACCUGGAAGUGAAUUCCUCUAAAGAUAUGCCAUCUGACAAACGGCAUUCAGACAUUGGUGAAAAAAACGGCGACGUAGCUGUAAAGAAGGGUUUAGUGACGAAACCUCUUUCUUCUGACACGACCGAUACUGGGCUUUCUGAAGACGAGGAACUAAGUGUUGGUGUGGACAAUUAUUUGCUUUCUGAAAUUUACAGUAAAAGGGAUUCUAAUCCAAACGGCACAAACGGUUUAGGAGAUUUUAAGAAGAGUGAGAAUUAUAUUUCUCAAACAACGUCUUCUGUGGGAAGGACAAGGAGAGAUUUCAUACCAACUACCUCACUUCUCUCUCCAACUACAAAGAGAAUUAAUCAGCUUCGCAAAAAAGCUGAGAGGAUUAGGAAGGAACGGGAGAGUGAAAAGAUGCGGGCAGCGCAAGAGCUACAGCGUUCUCUUGAAGAAGUUGAAAUACAAAAAGCGGAAAUUAUUCAAGCUGGUUCUGAACUGGAAAAACAGCUUUGCAAGGGUACAAUUCUUUGA